CCCAUAACCUAUUUAAGUUGUUUACAUGCGAAGAAGUAAGAACUUUAUAGUAUUGAAACUAUGGGCGAAGAAGUGAAGAUUGAUGAAAAAAUAACUAGAGUAGAAGACAUUCUAAACGAGCAGAAUAAUCAGCCAGCUGCCAUUAAUACAAAUACCUCAAAUACAACAAUGAAAGUUAGGAAGGUGAAGGCAUUGGAAGAACUAAUUCCAAAAGGCAAACCAAAGUCUGGCAGAAUAUGGAAAGAUCAGAAAACACGAUUUUCAUCUAUAGUCAAAACGCGCGGCAUACGUCGAUCGUUCGAGAAGAAACAGAAAUUGAGAGAUGAUCUGAAGCGGGUGAAAGAGAUGUCAAGGGCAAUAAAAGCUCAGAAGGAAGCAGACAAAGAAGCUAAGAAGCAGAGGAGAAUUGAAAACUUAAAACGUGCGGAAGAGAACCGCAAGAAGGGCGAAGUUGUGCAAGUUAUCACAAAUACUGCAAAGCUGAAGAAAAUAAAAAAGAAACAACUUAGAACAAUAGAGAAAAGGGAUACACUUCAAAUUCAAAAGACUUAGGUAGUUUCAUGCUUACAUUGUAUACUGUAUAUAUGACCGAUUAAAAAUAUUUUAAAAUACCAUUUUUCGAUUAAAAAAA